AUGGAAAUUUCAACUGUUGGACAGUGUGUUUUGGAGUUGAUCCUAAAUUCUGUUGACGCAAAAACAACUGGAGUUGCAGUUCGUUUUCAUAAUGAAGAAAAAAGAAUUCAAGUAGUAGAUAAUGGUGAGGGAAUCCCUCCUGAUAUUCUGUCAAGAAUUGGCGAAACCGAGAAGAAAAAUGGGACCGAUCCCCAGAUUUUGACAUAUUGCCCUUAUUCGCGAGGCAAAACUCUAAAAAGUAUUCUUGAACUUUGCCAAAUUUGUAUUAUUACUUCAAGAUGUGAACGAUCCACAGAAACCUACGAAAAGGUGUAUAAGGCAGGAGAGACGCCAAUUUUUCUACAAGGAAAUCGUCCUGCUAAAGGAACUUCAAUAACAAUUUGUGGAUUUCAAGGAUCUGGAUGGGAAUCUGCUUCAGAUGCAAUUCGAUUUUCUAUUGCAUCCGUUGCUUUAAUUUACACAAAUGUAUCGUUCACUUUACACAAUCAAAUAACAGGAGAACUUGUAACUGGAAUCCGCAAACCACACGAGCCUUACGAUAUUUUAACCUCCAUUUGUGAACAAACUCUUUCUCUCAAAACAACUUGGCACUUAAAUCGCGCUAAAGCUUCGAGGUUUAAAAUAUCCGGUUACGUCGGAUACUUAAAACCGAAUUCAAUCGCAGUUCGUCACAUCUUUAUUAAUCGAAGACCCACAAUGUGCCUUCAAAUUCAAAAUUUGAUCCUGAAAACAAUGGACAACCUUCGUAAUGAACUAAAAAUUUCACCAUCGGAGGAAAUUUACUUUUUGAUUUACAUCGAAUGUCCCUAUUCUGAUUACAUCCUUUCCAGUUAUGCAAGUAGGACCUUCGUGGUUUUUCAAAACUGGGAAAAAGUUUUGGAUCGGAUCAAAAUUGGCAUUCUGAAUACCGUAUCGAUGGAUUACGAUAUGAAAGCUGAGACUAAAACGCUUCAGCCGGAAAAAAAAGAAAUCCAUCGGAAAAGUGAAAAAGGAUAUAAACUGAAUCAGGAAGAAUUAUCUCUUCUCAGUCAAAUGGAUACAGAUCAAAGAACUUUAGAAGCCAAAAAUGAGCAAAAGAUUCAUGAAAAAAAAAAUCAGAAUGUCGAUCACAAGGAAAGUCCAAAAGAUUUGGCCAAAACUUUUGAGAGCCCUUUUUGCGCAGAUAAUUUCAGUCAACUUUCUGAAUGGUCGGAUUGGAAUUACGAGAAGCCGGUUUCCAAAGGAGUUGUUCAACCUACCGAGACGAAGAAGUCGACGAAUCAUCGACUCUACGUUUUUUUGCCACCGGUCUUAAAUCCAAUGCUUCGAUUCGGAAAAACGAACAUCAUAUCGGAAGCAAACAUUAGAAAUUCUGAUAAUAUUUGCUCGGCUGCUUUCAAUCCAGAAAUAAAACAUGAUAAUAUUGUGAGCCGUUACCAAAAUCUAAAUGUGAGGCCUUGUGUUGUUGUAUCACAUUCAAAUGAAUUUAAAUUAAACAGAAAAUCACUAUAUUCGAUUCAAAUUUUAAAUCAGAUAAAUUUAGAAUUCAUAGCAGCGUUAACGAACCAAGAUGGAAAAAGAUUAUUAUUGAUGAUUGAUCAACACGCUGCUGAUGAAAGAAUUCGUUACGAAGAUCUCCUUGAAAGCUACAGAAUCAAUGGAACAAAGCAGUACUUUUCGGUCGAACUGCAGAUACCUAUUUUAAUAAAUGAGCUUGAACCCCAAAAAUGCGAUUUGCUAUUGUCAAAUGAAACAUUACUGAGAAAAUUUGGCAUCCGAUUAAAAUCUGAAUCCGUUGGUUCUUUAAAAGUGUUGAACAUCCCCCGAUGUUUUCUUAAAAAGAGGAGUUUCGAUAGUGAUUUUAAAAUGGCUUGUUCAGUUAGAAACCUGUUACUGGAAAUUAUUGAAAGCUUAGAUAGUACGAACAGUGCUUCGAUUUUACCAAGAUCCAUUCAUAAUGCAAUUGCUUCUGAAGCUUGUCGUGGUGCAGUGAAAUUUGGUGACCCUCUGACAAUCGAUCAGUGCAAUUUAUUGAUUCAAGCACUCAGGGAAACUAAUGCCCCGAAUCGUUGCGCUCACGGACGACCUUCUGUAAUUCCACUUCUGGAUAUUACUGAUUUGAAGAAGAAGCAGACGAAAAUUUUCCAGGGAAAGCUGAACUUUGCCUCCUUAAAGAAUAGUAUCAAGAAUAAAUGAUAUAUAUUAAAGAGACUGAAAGGUAACAUUGUAAUUUCAAAAAUAAAAGAUUUCUGGUAGCUUUCGGGAGUAAAAUAUUUUCGGAAGAUUUUCAUAAUUGAAGUUUUCUUAUCAAAUUCAAUUAGUUUUAUAAAUGUUUCUUCUUUUAUGUAUAUUAUCUGAUCGAUUUGUUCGACUUCCUGAAGUGGAGUCGCAGAUUAUUCAAAGUUUAAUUGUAAAUAAAGUGUAAAUCAGAUUGAUAUGAGUUUCAUGUGCACUGAAGCGAAGAUUGUGAGACCACUAUGUGCAAUAAUUGAACUCUUCUUGGAAUGCUCAUAUUAUGAUGACUCAUACCUACGUAAAGACCAAUUACAUUUAACUAUUUCCACUCACGUUUGUAUCAUAGAUUUUGGUAACAUGUUGUAUCAUGUUUUUCAUCAAAAAUGUAAAAAAGGGAUUACGUAUUGUUUUCAAUAGAAAAUUGAUGCUUAAUUUUAUUGACUGAAAACAAUUUUUUUCUUUAAAAACAUUUUUGUUGGUUUGUCCUCUUCCUCCUUCUCCUCCUGUAAUCUUUUAUUUAUCAGGGUGGCGUCUGGACCAUGAAACCGGGAUUUUACUGCGAAUCGUAGUAAAAUUCAUGUUUUCAUUAUUUAAAUAAUUUUGGUCUAUUUAG